UGUUCCUGUUUUCUAAGGACACUCGUGAAGAUGGUCAGCUAAUCUAGCAAAAUAUAACAGCCUAACUUAUGUGAAAAAUAUAACAGCCUAACUUAUAUGAAAAAUUUGACAAUGAAAAAAUAUUAAAAUACAUGCAAACUUUGUCAAACGUAUCCCGUAGAUAAUUGAUAUUUUCAUAAAUUAAAAAUGAUGCAAGCAUCCAGAAAUAUAGUGCGAUUUUUAUUUUCUAAUUUGCAACCUAUAUCGAUAACACCGUCAGCUGGUUUAAAAGUCUUUCCACCGCCUGUAAAAUUUGGCAACAUUGAAUAUCCUGAACGACGAAGACUCAAAAUAAUGGAGAAAGUCCCACAGUAUCCACCAGGAAUGCGUGCUUUUAAAAUGCAAAAGCGAUUGAGAUACAUGCGUGGUCCAGAAGAAGUGCACAAUUUCCUUUUAUACAAGCAAUAUGGUAUCAUUGCAACAGGGGGAGGUAGAUUAAAGCAUAAUCAUUUUGAGAUGAUACGUUUAAAACUUGGCAGAAAACUUGAUCAAAACAAGAUGUUUGCAAUUUGGCGUGUAGAUCCACCAUGGCAACCAGUUACAAAAAAGGGACAAGGACAUCGUAUGGGUAGUGGUAAAGGUUCUAUUGAUCACUAUGCUACUCCAAUUAAAGCUGGACGUGUCAUUUUAGAAGUUGGUGGUCAUUGCGAAUUUUUUGAGGUAAAAGAUAUAUUGUCUAAAAUAGCACAGAUUAUGCCAUUCAAAGCCAAAGCUGUCAGUCAGAAAAUUUUGGAUAGAGAUGCAGGUAGAGAAAAGUGGAGGGAAGAAAAUAAUCAGAAUUUUUGGACCUGGAAAUAUAUGGUUCAAAAUAACAUGCUAGGUUGCCAAAACUGGAUAUCGCCAGUUGAUAAGCUAUGGUUUAACAAAUAUUUAUAAAUAAGAAAAAAUAGCAAGAUAUUAAAUAUCCUUGAUAGAUAUUACAUAUCUUCUCUUUAUAAAAUAUCUUAAAAUUUAUAUCAGCGAAACUGAAUAAUAAA